UCUGUGUCACAGAGGCAGGAUGAUUCCCUGGAUCCUGCUGCUCGUCAUCCUGAGCGCCUAUCUCUGUGCAGGAACAUUAGUUGUCAAUGUGAAGCAGCCCCACUAUCAGGCAGCGGUUGACGACAACGUCACUCUGGAAUGGACGUUCACAGCUGAAACCACCAGAUCCUCCAACGCUCUCUCUAUUAUCUGUGAUCAGUCGGUGAACCGGAGAGACUCAAAGAUCCUGUACCACCUGCACAAGGGCAUCGAGGUCCAAAGGUCUCAGGAUCAACAGUUUUCAGGACGAGUGCAGUGUGACGAAGACAUCCUCAGAGAAGGACGCCUCAGACUUCAUGUGUCCAGAAUCAGGAGUGAAGACUCAGGCCAGUACGUGUGUGAAGUCAACAGAGAUCAUCAUGGAAACUAUGGGAAAUGUCAACUCGUCGUCAUUGAGGCCGCUGCUCAGCCCAGAACCCAGAGACCAGACGUGACCUCACAACCAGAGGGAAAGAUGGAACUGUGCAUCCCAGUGUUAGUGGCUGCAGCUGUAGGUCUCACAGCAGUUGUGAUUACAGCAGCUCUACUGGUCAAACUCCGCCCUGCUUCUAUUUGUGGUGGCAAAAAAUCUAUUAAUAAGACAGACGAGCACCUAGCGAGACAAAAUGUCAGUCACCCAGAGUGUGGACUUCUCUCUCACACUAUGUCUCUUCACCCUGUUGCUCUGUGAUCCUGCUCCAGACUCCUCCCACAUUGGGUUGGAUAAAACUCGUGAAUGGGUCCGAAACAACAGGAGAGUUAAGACUCGUAGUGGCAGCUGGGAGAACCACAGGGUGACGGAUGAAUUAACUAACUUAAAUCCAAGAUUUAAAGGAAGAAAUAAACAUUAACACUACAGUGAUUUACUAAAUCAAAAUGAAUAUGAAGCCUACAUGGAAAAUAAUAAAUAGUCUAAUAAAAUCUAUCAUUUUGAACAGCAGGAUUUCCUGAAAGGAUGAAAACAGCCAAAGUGAUUUCACUUUAUAAAACUGCAGAUAAACUACAGACCAGUAUCCUGGCUUCCACAAUUAAAAAAAAUAUUACAGAAACUACUUAACCAGGUUUGACCAAUUCAUAGAUGGAUACAUUAUUUUAACUAGCAGUCAACAUAGUUAGUGGUGAUAAAAUGUAUUUGCUGUAAAUGAAAGUGGGAGUGUCCGCGGCGCAGAGAGCGGCAUCCCCUGAAAUCUUCAACAACCAAUUAGAGAGCAGCCUCAGGUCACGUGGUUGUCAAAAGUAUCAGGACCCAGUGUAUUCUGUUUGUGUAUGACACUAUUUUAUUUUACUCAGGGAAAGAUUUGACACAGGUCCUUGAAAAGGUUGAAAAAGAAUUGGACAAAAUGAAAUAAUGGUUUGAUAUAAUUAAAUGAUCAACGAAUCUUGAGAAAACAAACUUUAGGAGUUAGUUACCGAUUUAGUUACUAACUUUAUUUAGUAACCGAGGCAAAAACUGUGAUGCAUCAAUUAAUAUGGAAGUAAUGGAAAUUUGUAGAGUAAAAUAAAGUGAGUUUAUAUAUCUUUAAAAAUGUUG